AUGACUGAAGAACUCAGGGAUCCAUACAAGAGUCUUCCUCGUGCGAUCUACAUAUCCCUGCCUGUGGUUACCUUCAUAUACGUUCUGGCCAAUGUGGCUUACCUGGCUGUCCUACCGCCUCCUGAAAUGAGAGCCUCUGAGGCUAUUGCUGUGGGCAUUCUCUCACUGAUGAUGCUGUUUACGACAGACAUCUAUCGUCUGAUAGAAUAUUCCUCAUUUGUCGAGUCCUUCUUCAUCACACUUUCCAUCCUCAGCCUCCUCUAUCUCCGCUGGAAACGACCAGACCUUCAACGUCCCAUCAAGGUGAACCUGUUGAUCCCUCUGAUCUUCUUGUCUAUCUGCACAUUUCUUGUGGUGAUGCCACUCAAAGAGAGACCAUUUGAAGUUCUCAUGGCCAUUGCAAUCUCAGCUGCUGGGGUUCCCAUCUAUUUCAUCUUUGUCUACAUGAAGAAAAGACCACAGUGUCUCGAUAAUCUAUCCUAUGGCUUCACCUGCCUGAUGCAAAAGGUGUUCUUUGCAGCUGAAGGACAAAAGGCAGAUUGAACCCAUCUCUUCCCAGGCAGCAGGUUCAUGUGGGUGAGCAACUGACAGUUCCCAGCUUUGUUAUAACUGAUCUAGUCAGGUGAGACAGUAUUCAAGCAUUUUCCAUGAGAUAAUCAAUCCAGUACAAUAGGUGUUCCUAAAAUCAGGUCUAGUCAGGGAUAUUGAAACCAUACCAAGUUCAUUAUGUUCACAACCAGGCAACUCAAGUAACAAAUUUGAAACUCUCAUCAUGCAAGAUCUGAAUUGAUUGAUGAAUCUCCUCAUGACAGAUUUGCAUUAAUUUCUUCAAGAAGUGCCUUCUCCCUGGUCACCUGGCAGAUGAGCAUUCCCUGCUCAACUGCAUUCCUUGUUGACCAUUUUGGAGUUCGUAUUAAGUGUUUUUUCUACCUAGUAUAAUGAUGUCCUGUGAGCCUCAAAUGACCUUUGCCAAUGUUGUGCCUCAUUGCACUGCACAUCUGUGAAUAUGUUGAAUCUCAAUGCUCUCCUUGGUUGUUUUGCUUUGCUAGACACUCAAGUGAGCCUUUUGGAUUUUCCUUUGAAUCUCUUUUGCAGUAUUAGCUAACCUAUGAUUAUUUGCUUCUUAGUUGCAUUGUUAUUUUUCUUUUCGUAUUUUGUUCUGUUAUUCUGUUCUCAAGUUGUUCUUGCUGUUAUACUUGCCUGAUGUAGGGAGGGAGUGCUAUUUUUCUUGAUUUGUGUUCAAAGAUGGAUUAUUACCCUAUUCCUCAUUGAUUUCGAAGGAC